AAAACUUUAGGUUGGGAGAGUGUCAGAGAGUGUUUUUUCAGCUGAGACCCAGCAGAAGAAGAGAGAAGAAAAGAAAAAGAUGGUGGCGAAAUCGUUAACGGCGCCGGACUACGAGGCGUUGAGAGAGCUGUUCAGGCACCACAUAGAGUCUUUCGAUUACAUGAUCGAACGCGGACUGGAAGAGAUGCUCAUGAAGAUCAAGCCAAUCCAAGUCUACAAAAUCUCUUCCGAGGAAAAGAAAACCCUUCGAAUCUGGUUGGGGAAACCGGAGUUAUACCGACCUCUAAAGGAAAACAAGUCCCGGAUAAAGCUUGAACAGUUGUAUCCUUCCGAAUGUAGACAAGCUAGAAUUUCAUAUGACGGGAAGUUCUUGAUUGAUGUUUGCUUUCAAUACGGGGAUGUUGGGGAUGCUGUUAUAAGAGAAAAGUUCAAUUUUGGGCAGCUUCCUAUAAUGUUAAAGUCAAAACUUUGUUACUUGAGAGGUGCUGAUCCGCAUGAACUAGUUUCUCGCAAAGAAGAGUCAUCAGAAAUGGGUGGGUACUUUAUUUUAAAUGGACUUGAGAGAGUCAUUAGGCUUCUAAUAUUGGCAAAGAGGAACUAUCCAAUGAGCAUGGUGCGAAGUUCAUUUCGUGAGCGACGGGAAGGAUACACUGAUAAAGCUGUUGUCAUAAGGUGUGUUAGAGAAGAUCAAUCUGCGGUAACUGUUAGACUGUAUUAUCUUAGCAAUGGAAGUGCAAGACUUGGAUUUUGGAUUCAAGGGAGGGAAUACUUGCUUCCGGUGGGCAUCAUUCUAAAGGCCCUUGCUGACACAACUGAUCAUGAAAUAUAUGUGAGCUUGACAUGUUGCUAUAAUGAGAAAUAUGUGGGUGGAAAAGGAUGUGUUGGCACUCAGAUUAUGGGUGAAAGGGCGCAAAUCAUUCUUGAUGAAGUUAGGGAGUUGUCUCUUUUUACUCAGACUGAAUGCUUGCAGCAUAUUGGAGAACACUUCCAACCUGUUAUGAAUGGACUGGAAAGUCAGAGUCGCGAUGAUGUUGCAAAGGCUAUUCUAAAGGACUACAUAUUUGUCCAUCUUGAUAACAAUAAUGACAAAUUCAAUCUGCUCAUCUUCAUGCUGCAGAAGCUUUUUUCUUUUAUAGAUCAGACUUCUGCACCAGACAACACAGAUUCCUUGCAAAAUCAGGAAGUGCUGCUGCCUGGUCACUUGAUUACUGUUUAUCUCAAGGAAAAACUGGAAGAGUGGCUACAAAAGGUGAGACGGCUUCUUCAAGAUGAAAUCGAUAAAAAUAGCGGAAGUUUUGACAUCAGCAACUUAGCUGAUUUGAAGAAGAUCAUGGAUAAAUUUCCUUCCAAACAAAUCAGCACAGCUGUUGAGAAUAUGUUGAAGACUGGAAGGCUUAAUACACAAUCCGGUCUGGAUUUACAGCAGAGAGCUGGCAUGACGUUCCAGGCAGAGAGGCUUAAUUUUUUGCGUUUUCUUUCACAUUUUCGAGCUGUUCAUCGAGGGGCUUCAUUUGCAGGACUUCGCACUACAAGUGUGCGGAAGUUGUUACCUGAAGCUUGGGGUUUUCUUUGUCCUGUUCACACUCCUGACGGGGAGCCGUGUGGGCUGCUUAAUCAUAUGGCUUCUACUUGUUGUAUCACAUCAUAUUAUGAUUCACAAGGAAAUGUAAGGGACUUCUUGAAAAUGAGAACGUCUAUCAUCAGUGUUUUAAUUGGAGUUGGUAUGGCACCUUCAUUGCCAAAGCUUGUGCAAGCUGGUCCUCCUGAAGUUCUUUCUGUUAUUUUAGAUGGACGUGUUGUCGGCUCUAUACCUUCGGACAUGGUGGAGAAAACUGUUGCCUACUUACGAAGAUUAAAACUGUCAGUUACUUCAGUGAUUCCUGAUGAUUUGGAGGUUGGCCAUAUUCCUUUGAGCAUGGGUGGAGCAUAUCCCGGUCUGUUUCUGUUCACUUCUCCUUCUAGAUUCGUUCGGCCUGUUAGAAAUAUCUCUGUUCCUCUGGAGGAAAAUCAUGACAUAGAACUUAUUGGUCCUUUUGAACAGGUUUAUAUGGAAAUAAGGUGUGCAGAUGGUGGUGAUGGAGGAAGGAGACAUAAUUUGCCUGCUACUCAUGAAGAAAUUGAUCCAACAGGAAUACUCAGUGUGGUUGCUAAUCUCACGCCUUGGUCUGAUCAUAAUCAGAGCCCGCGGAAUAUGUAUCAGUGUCAGAUGGCCAAACAAACAAUGGCUUUCUCUUCACAAGCUAUUCACUGUCGUGCAGAUCAAAAGAUGUACCAUCUUCAGACUCCUCAAUCUCCCAUUGUACGAACAAAAGCCUAUGAAAAGUACAGUGUGGACGAAUUUCCAUCAGGGACAAAUGCAAUAGUGGCAGUUCUGGCGUAUUCAGGAUAUGAUAUGGAGGACGCAAUGGUUUUGAAUAAGUCUUCGGUGGAUCGUGGCUUGUGCCGUGGGCAUAUAUACCAGACGGAAGCUAUUGACUUGGUUGAACGAAUUGGCAAGUCAGAUCGAGCUGAGAGAAUAUUCAGAAGGACAAAUCUUGAUAAAUCAGCGAAUCCUUUCAUUGACUUAGAUGGGCUUCCUUAUGUUGGGAAGACAAUAAAUCCGGGUGAACCAUAUUGUGGCACAUAUGAUGAGGCAACAAGUAUGGCAAAAACUACCAAAUUGAAGGGUUCAGAGCCUGUUGUUGUUGAUUAUGUUGCUGUGGACGGUAAAAGCAAAAAACAACUGCAAAAGGUGAACAUACGUUUUCGGCACCCCAGAAAUCCUGUAAUUGGCGAUAAAUUUAGCAGUAGACAUGGCCAAAAAGGUGUUUGUUCUCAGUUGUGGGCAGAUAUCGAUAUGCCAUUUUCUGGAGUCACAGGAAUGCGGCCAGAUCUUAUUAUCAAUCCACAUGCAUUUCCAUCAAGAAUGACAAUUGCAAUGCUUUUAGAAUCUAUUGCCGCUAAGGGAGGCUGCUUACAUGGAAAGUUUAUGGAUGCAACACCUUUUGCUAACUCAGUGAAGAAAGCUAAUGACGAGUCCAGUUCACUUGUUGAUGAGCUUGGCUGUAUGUUAACCUCUUGUGGGUUUAAUUACCAUGGUUUAGAGGUAUUAUACAGUGGAGUUUAUGGGACAGAACUAACAUGUGAGAUUUUUAUUGGGCCUGUUUAUUACCAGCGUCUCCGGCAUAUGGUAUCGGACAAAUUUCAGGUUAGAUCCACCGGAACAGUUGAUCAGAUUACCCGUCAGCCUAUUAAAGGGAGAAAGCGAGGUGGUGGUAUUCGUUUUGGAGAAAUGGAACGAGAUUCCCUUCUUGCUCAUGGGGCUGCAUAUUUGUUACAUGACAGGCUCCAUACAUCUUCUGAUCAUCACAUUGCUGAUGUGUGCUCCCUCUGUGGAAGCAUCCUGACAACGUCAUUGAUUCAGCCACAAAAGCGACCAGUGAAGGAAAUUCGAGGGCUGCCACCCGCCAGAGUCCCAAAAAAGAUUGUUUGCAAUGCGUGCAAAACAAGUAAAGGAAUCGAGACGGUUGCAAUGCCUUAUGUCUUCAGAUAUUUGGCUGCGGAACUAGCAGCUAUGAAUAUAAAAAUGACUCUCCAACUAAGUAAUGGAGCAGGAACUUAAUACCCAAUGCAUGCAACUCAAGACACGAUUACAUCUUGAUGGAAAGAAGUUGCCAACCUAAGAUAUUGUGAUUAAGCUGGUUGGAGGAGGAUCCUGGAGGGCCAAGAGUUUUGUUAAUGGGAAAAAAAAAAAAUAUAUAUAUAUAUAUAUAUAUAUAUGGAAUACCCUUAGAUGCAGUGAUCUUUUGAUGUAGCUAUCCUUUGAAAGAGACUCGGUUCUUCAAAUACAGAGGCAGAUAGGGAAGAAGACUCAGUUCUGCAAAUACUGAGGCAGACUUCAUGCCGGGUCAUUUUUGACAUUUUUUUCUUCCAUGUAGUGGUUAUUUUAAGUUGUCCAUCGCUUUUCUCAGUUUUGUAUCACUGUUUCUCCACCCUCCUAUAUAUUUGUUCUUUUUUAAACUGCUUUCGGCAUGUAUUAUCUUUUUGGCCGAUUAGGAAGCAACUUCUGCUGUUGUAGUCCCUCUACAUUUUCAUUUAAUAAAAUGUAAAAGUACUAAUUUAAACAA